AUGUGGCUUUCCUUCGGAGUGUCGCCCUUGGACUCGACCGUGGCCAUGAGGGCAGCCAUCAAUCGAUUUGGCGGUUUGCACUUUUUCAACCCGGUGCCGGUGAUGCGCCUUCUGGAGGUCAUCCGCACCCCUCACACCUCCGAGGAAACUUACCAGGCCAUGAUGGAGUGGGGCAAGGCCCUGGGGAAGGGGACCGUGACCUGCAAAGACACGCCGGGCUUCAUCGUCAACCGGCUGUUGGUGCCGUACAUGGCCGAUGCCCUUUGCCUGAUCGAAAGGGGCGACGCGACCCCGAAGGACGUCGACCUGGGCAUGAAACUCAGCGUCGGCUACCCCAUGGGCCCCAUCGAACUCGCCGACUACAACGGACUGGACAACAACAAACGCGUCGCCGAGAUUUGGGCAAAGACGUUCCCUGACGACGCCAGGUUCAAACCCAGCAAGCUGCUCAACGAAAAGGUGGCGCAGGGAAAAUUAGGAGUGAAAACGGGCGAAGGCUUUUACGUUUACAAUAAAAAAUAGAUUCUAAAUAAACAAU